GCGCAGAUGACACUCCGUUGAGGAGCCAAGAUGGCAGCAGCCGUGUUCCGAGUUGCUUUGCAGGACUGGAGGAGCUGCCUCCGUCCGAGCUACGGGCGACGGAAGCUGAGCCAGACCCAGGGGCCUCCUGAUAACCCCGGCUUUGUGGAGUCUGUGGAUGAAUACCAAUUUGUGGAGCGCCUGCUUCCGCCUACCAAAAUCCCAGAGCCGCCAAAACAUAAACAUUAUCCCACUCCUAGUGGUUGGCAGCCUCCUAGAGAUCCCCUUCCCAGCUUGCCCUACUUUGUUCGUCGCUCUCGGAUGCACAACAUUCCUGUCUACAAGGAGAUCACACAUGGCAACCGACAGAUGACCUUGAUUCGGAAGGUGGAAGGUGACAUCUGGGCCCUACAGAAGGAUGUGGAAGAAUUUCUGAGCCCGCUGCUGGGAAAGACACCUGUCACCCAGGUUAAUGAGGUGACAGGUACUCUUCGAAUCAAGGGCUACUUUGAUGAACAGCUUAAAGCCUGGCUUCUGGAGAAAGGCUUCUGAGGCCUGAUGGUUAGCCCUGUGGCAGUGCUCGACACAGACUGGCCUCCAGAGAGGAGGUGGAUUUGCAGUCUCUGGAAUAGGAUACAAAGAACAGGGCUUAAGUACUUAGGAUGAAAGGGCUUUGAGAUAAGGCCUUGCUUUCAUAAAGUGGAAGUAGACCUGCAUGUACAAGUGUCCACUUGAGAGCUGUCGAACACGGGAGGCCACAGCAACAAUCAAGCUAACAAAAGCAGACAUUAACUGCUGUACAGAUAAUCUCUUGUGCAUUGUGUGGAAGCAUCACCUGUCAAUAAGAAGCUGAUGGCCAGUGAGCUGAGGCAGGAUUAGACUGUGGGACAUCUGACGAGGAGAUUCACCCUGGACUCCGAGGAAGCAGGAUGUAGCAAACUGAGGAGAGGAAACUCACCAGCCAUGUGGCAGACAUAGCCUAAUUUAAAUGGGUUAUGAACUAGUGGGAACAAGCCUAGUUUAAGGCUAUAAGUAUUGCACAUAAAAAUGAGCCUGUAAGUCAUAAUUCAGGAACUGGGUUGAGAUUUCUAAUUCCUGUCCCUUUAUAAAGUGUAAUACAUUUCUUUAUGUUUGCUGUUCUGGAAGCAACCACCCAACCUUGUUCUGGGGCCUUCACAGGAUAGACCCAUCAGGGAAUCCUUGAUCUUGAGCUUCUGCUAUAGACAGGGCGUGGUAGAAGCUAUGGCACAGAUGACACAGUGCAGGAAAAUGACAUGGACUGGAGUGGAUGAGACAACAUCUUAGGUUCUGAGUGCUGUGGUAGGGUUGGGGAAUCACCCUGUGACCUGGAAUCAACUAUGCAGGGGUUUGAAGACAAAAUGUAGACCUUCCACUUCUGGCCCCCACCCCACCAGCCACAUGUCCAACCCAACCAUUAAACUGGGUAAACAAUGUCAAACAGUGUCCAGAACCUCCUACCCUGUGUGACCUCAGACCUAAGGUAGAGGUACCAACCUCCCAGUGCUCUCUAGUUGUUGAUCUCAGCACCCUCAUCCCAGAAAAUGCAGGCCGUUCUUGGGUAUACAGACUGAACAAAUGAGCCCAGCCCCCACCCUAGGUCACACGUUCUACCAGUCAUUAAUGCAAGUUUUUAUUUAGCUGUAUAUACAAUUUAAGCUAUUAAAAUUUAUACAAUAUUUACAAAUUAAAUAAUCAUCUGAAACUCUC